UCCAGGGAGCGCGCCCGUAUAAAUAGACUCGGAGGAGCAACAAGCGAGCGAGGAGCAGAAAGUAACAGGCAGAGAAGUUCGAGCGCGUCCACUUUAAGGACUGUCGCGUUCCAGAUAGCUGACGGGUUGAGUUCAGACGCAGGCUUGAUGGAAUCGGACCCGAUCCGCGGUGGGCACCGGCGGCGGAAGCGUCGCGUGCGUGUGGUGGGCGGCUGCGCCAUGGCCGUCCUGCUGGUGGUGGUGGUGGUGGUGGUGGUGGUCACCGCGGUGGUGCUGAGCAACAGAACCGACACCUUCAAGGCCACGUUCAUCCAGGAGUGCGAGAGAAGGACUCCAGAGAACACAAGCACCGACUGUGUGGAGGUCUGGAGUGCCUUUGAGCAAGCGUACGUGGGCCGGGACCCCUGUCAGGUCCCACCGGAGGCCUACGAUCACCUGCUGUCCGUCGCGCCUCCGCAGCCUGCGUGCAACCGGAUGUUGUUUUGGAGCGGGACCAAGGAGGUGGCCCACCAGGUGUCAGAGGGCUGCUACCAGACGAUGGAGGACUCCAUGCUGGGAUCUGUACUGGACGGAAUGACCUGGUGUGGGAAGGAGGGGAGCAACGAAACGUUCACCUCUGGUUGUCCCGGCUGGACUGAAUGUGUGAACAACCCGGUCAGAUCCUUCUGGAGCAGAGCGUCUGCUGAGUUUGCAGCGGUUGCCUGCGGAGAUGCUGUCGUCCUGCUCAACGGCUCCAGAGAUACCCCCUUCAGCCCUACCAGUAUUUUUGGCAGCAUCGAAGUCAAGAAGUUCACAUCCGACCGAAUGAAGAGUCUCACUGCUGUCCUGGUAACCAAGGACAACGUUUUGGCAAACUGUGAGGAUGAAUCUUUAAAGAACUUACAGAAGGAACUAAAACCUGGCAUCAAGUACAUUUGCAAGGAGGUGCCAGAGUCUGAGCUCCUCACCUGCAAGAAGGACCAUGACCAAACCUGUGUCCCCUGCUGGUGAACCGUUCAUCUGCUAGUCCUAUAAGGCUGUGUUCCAAUAGUCCUUCUAGAGCGAUUCCUGCCUAAAUCUCCAGAUGUUGCCCUCGACCACCAUGUACCUGCUGUUCCAAUAGACGUAGUAAGCUAGCAAAAGCAGCCCGAAAUAACGUUUUAGGCUACAAGCGGUUGAGACGGUCAAGACUCGUACCAUAUGAACUUAAAUAACAGCGAAACGAAAAAAUAUCUAGCCACAAUUAUUUGUUUCAAAAUGGAGCGAAACAAACUGAAUGCAAGCUAAUGUUUGAUAUAGUUUUUUUGGUUCACACAAAUUCAGAUAUUUUGGUUUCUUCUAAAUCAUGUCGGAUUUGAUAUGGUAACCUUUUUAUAGAGCUUUAAAAUCUAGGCUAUCUAACGGGUAUCGAGUAAUUGCUUGUGAAUAAAUAUAUGUAUUGUGUAAUGACAGCAUAAAUAAUGCUAACAACUUGAAUAACUUGAGCCAGUAAAAAAAGCCAGUAAAAGGGACUAGAGCCUUUAUGUUUUUCUAUUUUACACUACUACUAUUUUACUUCUAUUUUUUGUAAUAAUUAUGAAUUUUUAUUACACUUAGCUAGUUUCAAAUAUUUUAAGUAAGGUUUGCCAAAUUUUCGUGUACCAUUUGCUGAUUGUGUGGGUCAGCAAAUGGACAUGUUCGUGAUUUACGACAGAUAUGCAGAGGUAUCAAAGCGGACACGUUCAUAAAGUGUGACCCAUACCCUAGACGGGUGGGGAAGAGAGUCAUGCUACGGGAAUUACUGCACUAUUUUUCUCAUCAUUAUGGCUUUAUUUCUUGUUUUUCUGUGUCAUGAUAGAAAACACGGUGCCGUGGUUCUCCAUUCAUUCUUAUCUGUUAUCUCCCAAAAACGAGCGAGAACGUAUAGUGCCUAUAACGUUCAAUAUGCUUUGGUCUUUCAUAUUCCUCUUAUAGGUCUCUAUAUAGAGACGUGUUUAGAUGAAAAACAUCGAAAGACUUGUUUCAAUAACAAAUAAUAAAAGAUUGAAUUAA